AUGGCUGACUGGUCUGAAGUCUACUCUGAUCUCCUGUCUUCCUAUGUAGGCAAGUUCAAAGAUGCCCAAGGAAAUUCUGACCUCAGGGCCAAGAUCCUGGCCCAGGUGAAGUCCAAGAUCCUUCAGCAUGCAUCUGAGGGAUCUGUGGCAUUGCCACAGAACUUGAGAGUGGCCAUCAGAAGGAAGUUUCUUCCAGAACUGGACCCCAAUGACCAAGAUGAUGAGGAGAACAUCAUCCAGCACAUCCUGGCUGUAGCAGAAAAGAGGAAGGAAGAGACUGGUGGGGGUGAGGAUGCCAGAGAGGAGAGAAUGAGACCUUUGAAGGCAGGUGACUACAGAAAACCCUUUACUGAAUUUACUGCAGGUCAGCAGCUCUUCAAGGAGGACAUAGAUGCCUAUGAUAGGGAGAGGAGGGACACCAAGGACCCCAAGACCAUAGGCCAGAGGACCAAAAUCAUCCAACAAUGGUGGGAGUCUGUUUCCAAUGAUAAAAAAACUGAAGCUGGGAGGGCUGCUGAGAAGUGGAAUAAGUUGGGUGGUCCCAAAGGGACUCAUGAAUCAUAG